AUGAAUUUCUCUUUCAAAGACUUUAAAAAUAACUUUUAGAAAGAUAAUCAAACUAUCUGCAAGAAUAUUAAUCUUUUAAUGAAAUGCUAAAACAUUAAAUCACUCAAAAGUCAUUAGGUGGAUGAUACUUAAAGUAUAGGAAUUCGCUCUGUUGAUGACAAUGAUAUGAUUUAAGUUGACACAUUGAGAGAAUAUUAUAUGAAUAAUGAAGAUUAAAUUGAAUAGCUAAGGAGAUAGCAAACUGCUGACUUUCAAUUCAAAAGUCCAGAUGAAUUUGAAUAUAAUGUCAGAAACCCUUAUCUCGAUGACGAAACUCUUCUUGCAAUUGAAAAAGUUGGAACAUUGUCUCCAACUAAAAUAAUGCAAGAGAUAAGAGAAGCAAAUAAAGAAAUAGACUAAUACAACGAUAAAAUAAACAAUUUUUAUGAAAAUGACUUAGACACUUAAGUUUACAUGUUGAAACUACAAAUGAAAGCGAGAAUGGAAGAUGGACUAAUUUAAUAAAGAAUGGAGUUUAAGACUAUUUUGAAUUAAUAUUUAUAGUUUAUAGAUAAACUAAUAAAAGAUAAAUCUAAUCUAAGUGAAACUCUAUAGUUUUGUCAGACAGAAAAUUUAUAAUUGAGAGAUUAACUGCAUGAAAUCAUGAAUAAAUAUGAAGAGACUGAAAGUAAACUUAAAUAAAUAUUUAUUGCAUAUUAGGAGUAGCAAGAAGUGAAUAAAAAAGAGGUUGAGCUCAAAGAAAAGAAAAUAGCUUAAAUAACUGAAUAAUUAGUUUUACAAGAAUAAGGAGUCAAAAGCAUCCGUCAAAAAUGUGGUAAUGAAUACUAAGAUUUAGUUAAUUAAAAUAAAGAAAUUUUGAGAUAAAUUAUGGUGUUAAAUUCUGAAAAUGAUCGUCUGCAAAUGGAGAAUUCCUCUUUUUAGCAGUAAAUUCAAAGCUUUUAGCAAGAGUUAGCAGAUUUAAAACUAAAUAAUUGUGCAAUUGCAUAAAAAAAUACACAGUUUGAAGAAAUUGAUAAGCAGUUUAACAAUUUUAUUAUUUAACUUGCAGAGAGUUUUUCGAAAACCAAAAAGCUAGUUGAUGACUUUUAAGUUAUAAGUAAUGAGAGUUAUAGUGAAAUAAAUGAAAAAAAUAAUGCUAAGAUAAAUAACCAACUUUCAGAGUAGCAAUAGCUUGUUGUAAAGCAAAUUCAGAGUGUGAAUGAUAAAUUAGAAAGAAUUUCUUAAAACAAUAAAAACUUAAUACUUUAAAAUACCUCUUUAAUUAAGAUAAAUAAAGAAUUAGAAAUUACCCUUGAGGAUAAGGAAGAAAUGUUUAAAAAAUAACUAGACGAUUAAAACAAGAACCAUCAAAGCACAAUUAUAAAUUUAUAAAGUGAACUAAUAUCUAGCUAAUAAAGCUUACAGAAGCUAUAAGAAUAAUUCGACAUUCAUACAAAAUAAACGAACAUUGUUUAAUAGUUGAAUAAUUAACUUCAAAAAGAAAUAGCUUCAUUCAAAGAUUCAGUAUAAUAGCUUGAAAAAGAUAAACAAGAAGCAUAUGAUAAGAUUUAACAAAAAGAAUCAAUAAUUGUUGAUUUAGAGAAUUCCAUUUUGAAGUUAAAAGACUAAAUUCAUAAGAAUUUAUUAACUAUUGACGAAAUUUUUAAUGGAUUCAAAUAAAAAGAAAAUGUUUAUCACUAAGAAACGUAAGAUAAAUUAUCUGAAAUCAAAUACUUAAAAGAGAUCAUUAAUAAAUAUGAGGAAGAAAUCUAAAAAUUUCAUUUCUAAAAUGAAUAAAUUUAGCUACAGUAAAUUAAUUUAUUGAGAAGCUAUAUUGUUAAUCAUGAGCAAGCUAAAUCUUCAAAAGAUUUUAUUGACUAUAUCCAAAACCAAAUAUAAAAUAAAUAUGGAGAUUGUUCAGUAUAUGACUAGAAUAGUAUAAAAAGGAGUCUUAGCCCUUAUUUAACAGAGACAGUUAUUGUUUAAAAAGAUUCAAGAAAUCAUACUCCAAUUAGAUAGUACAAUCAAUCAUAAACAGAUUCUAUGAAGUCUACUUAAAUAAUUGGUUAGCAGGAUAACACUUUUGUGACACAUAUUUUAAUGCCAAAAAAGCAAAAUAUUAACAAUUCUCAAGAUAUUUCUGAAAUAAAAAAAUUGAAACUAAGCGAAAAAAGUGGAUCUCAAUUUAGUAUUCCUGAAAUUGAAUCUCAAAGAUUAUUUAAGACAGAUUAAAAAAAUUCUUCAUAAAGUUUGGAAUUUGAAAAUUCUCAAAAAAGUAAUAGCUUGUUCAAGGAUGAAAAUAUAAAUUAACUAUCUUAAGUGAUAAAUAAUUUGAAGAUGUUAUCAGAUUAGAAAUGA